AUGCUUUCGGCAAAGGGCGUUGUCCGGAUCUUGUCCGAGGGCAUCGUUAAGCCCCGUCUAGGAGCGGUUGCCGGAGGUGAAGCUCCCGCGGACCACCCUCGUCGCUGCGAGCUGUCGCUGUGGGACUUGUCUAUGUUUUCAGUUCACUAUAUCCAGAAGGGUCAUCUCUUCUCCCUUCCUUCCGGCGAUCCUCCGGUUGAAGUUAUCGUCGAGCGCCUCAAGUCCUCUCUGUCCAUCGCGCCCUGGCACUUCUACCCCCUCGCCAGUCGCCUUGCGACUGAGAUGGAUGCCGAUGGGCGGGGGAUGUUCGUUCACAUCGACUGCGACGUCCAGGGGCCGGAUUUCUCCUUGCCGCUGCCGCUGGUGUCACCUUAGCUGAUGUCCUGUCUCCCUCAGAAGACGUGCCCAGCUUCGUUAGGGAUUUCUUCCUGCUGGACGGGGCCGUCAACUACGACGGGCGGUCCCUUCCCCUGCUCGCUGUCCAGCUGACGAAGCUGGAGGACGGUGUCUUCCUCGGGUGCUCCUUCAACCACGUCGUUGGCGACGGCACCUCCUUUUGGAGCUUCUUCAACGCAUGGGCCGAGAUCUCGUGUUCCAAGGAAGAUGGCAGCGGCCACCUCUCCAAGCCGCCGGUGCUCGAGAGGUGGUUCGCCGACGGUAGGUCCCCCAUCAAAGAUGCCCUUCACCCACGAAGAUCAGUUCAUCGAGAUGUUCUCUCCGCCGCCGCUGAGGGAGAAGAUGUUCCACUUCACGGGCGCGUCCCUAUCCCAGCUCAAGGCGAGAGCCAACGAAGAGCGGGGCACGGACAAAAUCUCCUCCUUCUAGGCUCUCGGGGCGCUGAUGUGGAGAUGCAUUACCCGGCUGAGACGUUUCCCAGACGACCAGAAGGUGGGAUGCAGGCUGGCGGCCGAGAAUCAGAGAAGGCUACGGCCGCAGUUGCCGCCGGCAUACUUCGGCAACUCGAUCUACGCCAUCCCCGUCACGACCACAGCCGGCGAGCUUCUGUCCAACGACCUGGACUGGGCGGCGGGGAUGCUCAAUCAGGCCGUGCCCUCGCAAACCGACGCGGCUAUUCGGGGAAUGGUGGAGAAGUGGACGGUGUCCCCAUUUGUGUACCCCCUCUCCGGGUUUGACCGACACAGCAUAAUGAUGGGGAGCUCCCCGCAGUUCGAUAUGUACGGGUGAGACUUCGGGGGGGGGGGGGAAUGCGGCGGCGCUGCGCAGCGCGAGCGCGAACAAGUUUGAUGGGAAGAUCUCGGCGUACCCCGGCCGGGAGGGUGGCGGCAGCGUCGACCUGGAGGUCUGCCUUCUACCCGACGUCAUGAGCUCGCUAGAAUCUGACGAGGAGUUUACGCAGGCACUUUCCCCAGCCGGGCGUUGA